CCCUGGUCUUGCUUUUGGCAAAUGGAAGGCCUGUUCGGUUUCACACCCCGCGACAGUGAAGACCGCUGCGCAAACGAGCCAUGUCAAGUUGACCUUGCAAAGGGUGCCAGCUAUGUGUUGCUUCGCUUGUGUAGCUGUUUAGCUUCGCCAUCCAGUGACGAUGCAGACAGCCGGGGGUCCUGACUUUUGCACGCCAACAAGGAGGCGACCUCUGAGGGAUGAGGAGACGCCAGAACGUCUCCAGCACCCCAGGGGCAAGGCGGAGACAAGCAUGUGGGAGGAGUGGGGAGUUGCUGAUUACGGUGAGUGGGACAUCGUGCUGAAGGAUCUCCAAGGCCCAACACCUGUAUGUCUGGACGAAAGUGCCGCCAAAGGCCCAUGGCCCAUUGAUGCGGAAUAUGCUGCCAUAGGUCAAGGUGAACUUGCAGCUCACGUUACCCUCCAAGUCAGGGGCAAUCCCUUUCUGAGAGCGUUCUUCAUGCUGGCAUUGAGCAUGCUUUCCGUGCCCAUCCUGGCAGAAGUUGCCUGGCAACUUGGACCCGCGCCGCAAGUAUUUGAAUGAGAUUGUCACUACGCUUCUUUUGCUGUGCUUCGGGGCCAUUGAGCAUGGUCCAAAAUCUGAAGCAUCCUAGUUCCCUCCCAGUUCGGUCAGCCUGAGUGCCUUGCCAACAUUGCAAGCGGCAGUCCCAGA